UUUUACCUCAAAAGCCUUAAACUGAAUCUGGAACUUUACCAAACCUUAAAUAUACUUUUUUUUAUUUCCUUUAGGUCCGUUGCAUAAGUUUCUUGUUAUUGAUAUGUUUAUAUUUUAUUAAUCACUUAAAUAUUUCGUUAGUAAUUUCACUAGAUUUAUGAGGUGGCGAGUCAAAUGUUAUUUAGUAAUUAUUGGGAAUUCCCAAAAGUUCAUUGGAAAACCAAGAAGAUAUAAGAUCACAAUUUGACAAAAAAAUACAGUUUAUAUUAGGUCAUUGAAAAAGAAGAUAUAAUCAGAAGUUAAUUUAAACUAACACUUAUUACAGAAGCAUGUCUAUGAACGGUGGUCUCCCUGCACCCAGCUUCAUAUAUGGACCCCAGCCCACAGGUUAUCAGCCAGGAGGUUUGGGGAGCCAACAUGGAAGUUCAUCUUCAGGCAGCUCGUACACGAUCUUGUCCAGUCCCAGUGGUAGCAGCUACCUCCCUGGGGGUGGGGCCGUGCUUCCGGGGGGCUACAUACAGGGGCCUAGCCUCCCACAUGCCAUAUCAAUGACUGACAUAACGCUGGAGCAGGCCAUGGCCAAGGUCCAGGAACUAGGGAAGGAGAAUGCAGCUCUCAGAGAGUAUCUCAAAGAGAACAACACCAACAUGAAGAAGCAGUUCCAGGUGCUGCUGGAGUGGAAAGAGAAGGUCAAGGACAGCAACCAGCAGAACCUGACCCGCUUUGAGAGGCUCCAGAGGGAGAUCGCCAUACUGAGGUCCGAGAAGGAGAAAUAUAAGCAGUAUGUCACCAGUCCAGACACACAGGCCCAGGGCUGUGUGUUGGAGAGUCUGCAGGUGCACAUUCGUCGCCUGGAGACGGAGAAGUUCAGCACCCAGCAUGAGAUUGCAAGCCUUCGCAGCCAGAUUGACAGCCUCAAACAGAAGCUGCAGUCAUCUUCAGAUGAUAUGGUGGUUGCAAACGGUGUUGACGACAGAGAACUGGAGGCUUACAAACGACGAUGCAAUGACCUCAAUCAGCAGGUGCAACAUUACCAGCAGCAGAAUGAGCAGCUGAUGUCUGACCUUCAGCAGGUGAAAGGUCACAAGGAGGAGAUACAGAUUGAGAACAGCAAGCUGAACUCAGACAAUCUGGCCAUGCAGAAGAGGCUUCAAGAGCUACUGGGAGAUAUGAGCAAGACCAAGUUCUCUCUCAGUGCUUUAAAGGAGCCGGCUACAACCCAGUACAUGUACGGCGGAGGUGUGACAGAGGGGGCCGUUGCCGAGGGGACGGAGUUCAGUACAGAGAAGACAGACAUGGAGGUGCUGGCCCUGCAGUGCUCUGCAGAUAUGAUGGCACACCUCGAUCAUGUGAAGGCCAGGAAAAGCGCGUUGGCUAAAACCUCUCAGAGUUCUGAGCUGCAACUAAAGCUGCAAGAGGAGCGACAGAAAGCCUCACAGCAGAUGCAUAUGUUGUCUAACCAAGAACUUGAGAUCUCCCGUCUGCGUGGCCAGCUUGGAGAGAAGGAGCAGAUGCUGACCCACUACAAGGAGCAGCUGGACAGCCAGCUGGAGAACGUGACCCUCGAACACCAGCGGCAACGGGAGGACCUCUUGAAACAGCUCGACCAUCUCAACUCGGAACUGAAACACACCAAAUAUUCCCAGCCAUACAGUGGGGAUGUUCAGAGCCUCAAGUCCCAGGUGAUGUCACUGAUCCAAGAAGUCCAGGAGCAGUCCAGCAAAUUGGACAUGGCCUCAAAGACCAUCGAUAAGAAAUCAGCCAGGAUUAUGGAGCUGGAAGAGCAUAUUCGAGUCCGAGAGCAGCAGUACAUGCAGGCACAGCAGGAGUUCGAGAACUAUGUCCGUAAUCUAAAGGCAAACCUCGCCAUUUCUGAGGACACUAUCAACAAGGAGCGAAUGGAGCAUGCAACUUCCAAGAAGAACUUGAUGGAGUUCCGAGCUUCCUUUAAUCAGCUUGUUUCGGACUACAAAGAGUUACUGGACACAUUCGAUGAAUACAAGGCCAAUGUUCAAAACCAACCAGCUGGGGCAUCCGGACCACAGAGUCGCCAGCAGCUUGAGGAGAUCAACCGUCUGACUGCACAGACGAUCGCCGCGGAGGAGGCCAUCACUUACCGCGAGGAACAGAUAAAGGAGCUAAAGGCAGAGAUCGGCAGGCUGCGAGAUGAGGUGGACAACACCAUACCCGUGCUGAGAGCUCAGGCCGAUGUCUGGAAGCAGGAUUUCGAUGCAGAACGAUUCGCGAGGGAGAGACAGGUGGAAGAGAAAGAGAACCUCAUCCAGGAGAUGAAGAACUUGGAGCUGAAGAAUCAGCAGCUGUUGGAUGAGCUCGAGAAUUACUCGAGGAAGUCUCUCGCUGAAAUGCAGCGUCGUCACGCCUCCCCGUCCCAUCAACAGCAACUGCAAAGCCAUUUGAAGGUGGGGAACCAGACAGGGCCUCACAGAAGCCAGUCCCCCCAGAAUGUUCUCUAUGGAGCCAGGAGCCAGCAAGGCUCGCCAAGACCUGGGGCCCAGUCUCCUGCCGGUAGUCACGGGCAACCAGUCGAGCAUGGACAAGAGGACAACAUGGGCGCUACAAAUGUGGGAUCCGUAAACCAGUUGCCUCCCCAGGCGCAUUCCCAGAGCAGUGCAGGAAGCAGUGGCCAGGAUGAAGACGAGAACCAAAAGUGUCCCAAGUGUGAUAAAUGGUGCCCGGACAUGGACUCCCUGCAGAUUCACGUCAUUGAAUGUCUUGACAACUAGAGAUACAGCCGGGAACCGGCAUUGACUCACUGCAGAUUCAUGUCAUUGAAUGCCUUGACUACUAGAGAUACAGCCGGGUACCGGAUAUUGACUCACUGCAAAUUCAUGUCAUUGAAUGUCUCGACAACUAGAGAUACUGCCGGGUACCGGACAUUGACUCACUGCAGAUUCACGUCAUUGAAUGCCUUGACAACUAGAGAUACAGCCGGGUACUGGACAUUGACUCACUGCAAAUUCAUGUCAUUGAAUGUCUUGACAACUAGAGAUACUGCCGGGUACCGGACAUUGACUCACUGCAAAUUCAAGUCAUUGAAUGCCUUGACAAAUAGUGAUACAGCCGGGUACCGGACAUCGACUCACUGCAGAUUCAUGUUAUUGAAUGCCUUGACAACUAGACACAGACACAAACGUUUUCUGGCCAUUUUGGGAAAAAAUGCAAUUUCGGGAUUGGGAAAUUUUAGCGUGAAAAGUCCACUACUUUGGAAAAACCUUUUUAAUAUAACUCUUUAUAAUAAUUCAAAUUAAAAUACCAAAUCAUAUGAAUUUAAAUUAUGUACAUGUACUUUGUAAGAUGAAAUAAAAUUGAGAUAUAAUAAUCAUUUGACACUUCUUUAAAAAUAAUAACUAUUUUCCAUUUUAUUUUUCAAAUUUGGAUGUUUUUACCAUUUUGCUUUUGGAACGGGUACAUUUAAAGGACCCAUAUAUACACAAGGAAAAGUCCUGCAGAAUCACAACAAGUUCAUUACAUUGGAUGCCUUGAAAACAAGAGAUACGCAGUUGGUUGGAGCACCGCUUUGUGUUAUGAUUAUACAGGCUUUCCAGCGUUCCUAGUAUUUCCUAGUUUUUUAAAUGUGCUCCUAGUUUUUCCUAGUUUUGUCCUAACCUAGUUUUCCUAGUUUUUCACUAAUUUGGCACUUUUUGGGAUAAUGUUAAACAGUCUUUUAAUGUGUUUUAGAGACUUUGUUUCAAAAUAGGACCUUCAGGUUUUUUAGCUGACAAUAUUUGGUAGUCUUUGUGGGGUCUGGUGUCACUGGUCACAGAGUCUAGCCUUCAUAAGUGAUACCUGAAAGUUGGACUGAGCUCUGUGAUGACUACAAAUGAAAAAAUAUGGCUAUAUUCUGAACGUUCCUCCACUUAACCCAACCUCAGUUAAAUCUGAUCAGUAUAAUUACUCACGUGAUUUUAUCUAACGGUCCCCUCCUUCACACACAUUGGUAUUCACAACCGUAAGGACAGCUCGAGGUUCCUUGCCUUAGGGAGGAUACGGUGAGGUAGUGAAGUUGUUCCUCGAGCCUCACUCGACGUGUUUUUUAUGAACACCAAAACAGAAGCUCAUACAACUAUAUGUUUAUUUUGUUAUUGUUAGUUAUUUCAAAGUGUGGGUAACUUGAAAAAUACGCUGUAUUGCGGAUUUUGAACCACAAAAUCUUGGGUUAAUGAUAUAAUAUUUAUUCUAGCGCACUUUGGUGAUGGCUCUUUUUGUAGAUUUAUAUACACUUGAAUCUUGUGCGCAUGAAGCAGUACAAGAUGGUAAACAACAUUUAAUUUGAGGAAACCCACUUUAUCAGUACUAACAAUCGCUUUUUGUGACUUUUCAGAUGAGAUUUUUAAUUAUGGUUUCGAAUGGUAAUAUUUUAAUGCGAGGAUUGUUGCCUAUCAAUUAGUGAUGUUUAAAAUGAAUUGCGUUCAAUGUUAUAUACAUGUAGCAGUCUCAUUUACUUAUAAUAGUAUAAUGAUGCAUAUUUACAACAAUGGUCAUGUAUUCGACAACGUUCACAGUUAAAGUGGGUAUGCACAAUCUUGACAAAUGUUUGUUCAACAUAAAUAAACUUCUUUAAACUUGAUAUACAUGCAUUUCAUUAUUAAUUUGGAGACCCUUUCAGAAGAACAUGUGUCCGAAAAUGUGAAUUUUGGAGGAUAAUUUAUUCAGAAAUUACACUCAACUGUACAGACAGCUAUUGCAUCAUGUAAUAAUAAUAAUAAUAAUUCCAUACAGAAACCAUUUUGUGGGUAUAUAACUUUUAUUUGCAUUUUUCAAUUAUUAUAUUGAUAUUUAACAUAAAAUUACUCUAAUCUGUAAUUUGUUGAAGUAGAUAUGCUUUAUAACAACGUUCAAUUGAGGAUAUUAAAGAUUUGUUUCUCAAUUCCUGUCUUAAUUUGUUUCAUACGAUAAAACAAUAAUAUGCAAAUGUAUCACUAAAGUAUUUUGUGCGUGGUUUGUUUGUCAAAACAAGAUCUUUUUGCAAAGCUGAUAUAAGACAGUGGGAUUCAUUAUUUGAAAAUGUUACUAGAUCAUUCAUAUAUGGAGGUGCUAAGUGGAAAAUGGUUUCAUAUUUUUGUAUCACAGUGUGAUAAUUUGCCCGGUCAUGAAAUGGCAUCCAAAUCAAUGUUUUAAAUAGUUUAAUGUAGAUAAUGCAUGUACUCUGUAAUACUAAAUUUAUAUUUACUGAUCAAGCCGAUCAUUAUUGCUCAUAAUGAUAACCCGUCGCCGUUUACGAAUAUUUACGAUUCAGACCAAUAAAAAUCAUUCGUUAUGCUCUUACACACAAAUGCAAUGGUUGCUGUUUGAAAAUAUAUAUGUUUAAACUUUUUCCAUGUCGGCAUAAAGCGCAUAAUUGUUCUAGCUGUAUUAAAUGAAAUGUUACGCCA